GGGAAGGGAAGAAAGGAAGAGGUGGUGCGGACACCCAGGGAGAACCCGCUGCCUCGGGCGGUCGCGAGCCUUUUCUUCAUUUUGCCUGCCUUCUAAGGACCGCUGGAGCUUGUUGGAUCUAGGGGCGCAAUCCUUGAACGGCCGGGUGCCCAGCUCCCCAAACCGGACCUAGGGGUUGGAAGCGCCCGCUCCGCGUGCCGCCGGAGUGGGCGGUGAGCGCGGGCCCGCGGGGAAAUCUGCUCCGUCCGCGGCAGCCGCUGCUGCCCCUUUGAUGUUUUGGUACGCCGUGCGCAUGCGCCUCACAUUAGAAUUACUGCACUGGGCAGACUAAGUUGGAUCUCCUCUCUUCACUGAAACCCUCAAUCCCAUCAAAAACUAAAGGGAUGUGGAGAGUCCGGAAAAGGGGCUACUUUGGGAUUUGGUCAUUCCCCUUAAUAAUCGCCGCUGUCUGUGCGCAGAGUGUCAAUGACCCUAGUAAUAUGUCGCUGGUUAAAGAGACGGUGGAUAGACUGCUGAAAGGCUAUGACAUUCGUCUGAGACCAGAUUUUGGAGGUCCCCCUGUGGCUGUGGGAAUGAACAUUGACAUUGCCAGCAUUGACAUGGUUUCUGAAGUCAAUAUGGAUUAUACCUUGACAAUGUACUUUCAGCAAGCCUGGAGAGAUAAGAGGCUGUCCUAUAAUGUAAUACCUUUAAACUUGACUUUGGACAACAGAGUGGCAGAUCAGCUCUGGGUGCCUGAUACCUACUUCCUGAACGAUAAGAAGUCAUUUGUUCAUGGAGUGACUGUCAAAAACCGCAUGAUCCGCCUGCAUCCAGAUGGCACAGUCCUUUAUGGCCUCAGAAUCACAACCACAGCUGCCUGCAUGAUGGACCUGCGGCGGUACCCACUGGACGAACAAAACUGCACCUUGGAAAUUGAAAGCUAUGGAUAUACCACUGAUGACAUUGAGUUUUACUGGCGUGGGGAUGACAAUGCCGUGACAGGAGUAACCAAGAUUGAGCUCCCGCAGUUCUCCAUCGUAGACUACAAACUUAUCACCAAGAAGGUUGUUUUCUCCACAGGGUCCUAUCCCAGAUUGUCCCUCAGCUUUAAGCUUAAGAGAAAUAUUGGCUACUUCAUCCUGCAAACAUACAUGCCUUCCAUCUUGAUUACGAUCCUCUCCUGGGUCUCUUUCUGGAUUAAUUAUGAUGCUUCAGCUGCCAGAGUGGCUUUAGGAAUUACAACUGUACUAACAAUGACCACAAUCAACACUCACCUCCGGGAAACUCUCCCCAAAAUCCCUUAUGUGAAGGCCAUUGACAUGUACCUAAUGGGGUGCUUUGUCUUCGUUUUCAUGGCCCUUCUGGAAUAUGCUUUGGUCAACUACAUUUUCUUUGGGAGAGGACCCCAACGCCAAAAGAAAGCAGCAGAGAAGGCUGCUAGUGCCAACAAUGAGAAGAUGCGCCUGGAUGUCAACAAGAUGGACCCCCACGAAAACAUCUUACUGAGCACACUUGAAAUCAAAAACGAAAUGGCCACAUCGGAGGCUGUGAUGGGACUUGGAGACCCCAGGAGCACCAUGAUGGCCUACGAUGCCUCCAACAUCCAGUAUCGGAAAGCCGGGUUGCCCAGGCACAGUUUUGGUCGAAAUGCUCUGGAACGACACGUGGCGCAAAAGAAAAGUCGCCUGCGGAGACGCGCCUCACAGCUGAAGAUCACCAUCCCCGACUUGACUGACGUGAAUGCCAUAGAUAGGUGGUCCCGCAUAUUCUUCCCAGUGGUUUUUUCCUUCUUCAACAUCGUCUAUUGGCUUUAUUAUGUGAACUAAAACGUGGCCUCCCAUGGGAAUCAAGGACUCGAUUCCUCCUCAGAACAGUUGUACAGCCUGACGUAGGACUUGGAAAACACAUCAAUCCAGGACAAAAGUGAUGCUAAAAUACCUUAGUUGCUGGCCUAUCCUGUGGUCCAUUUCAUACCGUUUGGGUUGCUUCUUCUAAGUAAUGAAUACACUAAGGUCCUUGUGGUUUUCCAGUUAAAAUGCAAGGGAUGUGAGCCCAUGAUGACAGGAUUGAGCUUGAGUAUUCCGUUUUCAUCUGCAUAGUAGGCAGCUACUCAGAGGGGAAACAUUUAGAAGAUAUUCUGGAAAGGCUCAAUAGCAUUGUCAGUCA